AAAUGCACUAUUCACCUGUGUGGUAUUUUCAGACAAGUGAUAUUUGUGAAUGUAAGAUUCUUUGUGAACUUUGUGACCUCUGUGUACCAGUAUUACUUUUUUUAUGUCAUUUCACUUUGGUUUAUAGGAGAUGGGCAAAGAAGCCAAAAAGAAAAAUGAGAAGAAAGUUGUGCCUGUUUCAUCAACCAGUGAUAGUGAAAGUGAAGAUGAUGAAAGUGAAUCUGUGCAAGAAAGUAAUGACAGUGACGAUUACUCAGAAGAGGAGUCUGAUUACAACGAUUAUUCUUAUGGUGUCGAGUAUGCCCGCAGUGGUCGAGCACUGUGCAGAACUUGCGAUAGUCUCAUUCCAAACAGGUCUCUAAGAUGGGUUGUGAGUUUCAAAGCUGAUGUUUCGACAGUUAGACCUUCGUUAGAGCGAAGGAAUGUGAGCUAA